CAGUUUACUCUGCCGACUUCAAUCAACAGACGCGUCCUUAUCUCGUCGUCUCGAACCAGCAUUUAGACUACCAGAUUACAGCCAUUGAAGAGAGAAAGAGCCGGUCUCCGAUUACUUGCAUAUACACAACAUCUCAAAAUGAAGUUUACUCUUGCUUCCGCCGUUGCCGGUUUGGCUAUCGUUGGGAACGUUGCUGCCGACUGCUCUUCUUCCUUGAGGCAUCAGCACCACAAGAAGAGGCAGGCCGUUACUACCGUUGAGAAUGUCGAGAUGGCAUACACUACCGUUUACGUUGACCGUAACGGAAACCGCGUUGACUACACUGCUACCACCGUGGCUGAGUCCGCUGUCACCACCGUGACUCCCUCGUCUUCUUCUUCUUCCUCCACUGAGGCCCCCGCUGCCGUCACCUCCUCCUCCUCCUCCUCCUCCUCUUCCACCUUUGAGACUCCUGCCGCGCAGCCCACCACCACCUCUUCUUCCUCCUCCUACACCGUCGAGGACGCGCAGGACGCUGCUCCCUCUACCGAGGCCACCAUCUCCGAGACCGCCACCUCGUCUUCUUCCUCCACCACCUCCGCCGCCUCUUCUACUUCCACCUCCGCCGCCUCUUCUACUUCCACCUCCGUCUCUAGCUCCGCUUGGCUCGACCUCUUCGUUGACCCCAGCACCCCCUUCCCCAACGGUUACUACUCUUGCGACGAGUUCCCCGUCAACGAGCAGGGUAUCGUCGAACUCGACUACCUCGGCCUCAGCGGCUGGACUGGUAUCCAGCUCGGCGACGGCACCUCCAACACCUGUGUCGAGGGCGCGUACUGCUCUUACGCCUGCCAGCCCGGUAUGUCAAAGACUCAAUGGCCCUCUGCACAGCCUGCCGACGGUCAGUCCCGUGGUGGAUUGUUGUGUUCGGGCGGUAAGCUCUACCUCACCAACUCCGACUCCCAGUACCUCUGCGAGUGGGGCCACGAAUCUGGAUUCGUCGUCAACACUUUGUCCGAGUCCGUCUCGAUUUGCAGGACUGACUACCCUGGAAGCGAGAACAUGAAUAUCCCCACUACCAUCGCUCCUGGAGAGAAACAGCCCCUUUCCGUCGUCGAUGAGGAUACGUACUACAAGUGGCAGGGCGCUCUGACUUCCGCUCAGUACUACGUCAACAAAGCCGGUCGUUCCGCCGAGGAAGUCUGUCUCUGGGGUGACUACGGCGACGAUUUCGGUAACUGGGCGCCCCUCAACUUCGGUGCUGGAUAUACCGGUAACACGGCGUGGUUGUCCUUGAUUCCUAACCCGAACUAUUCUGGUGGAUCUUCUGGGUGUACUGUUGCUGUUACCUCUGGGUCUGCUUACUUUUAUCUUUAUGAGUAGACUACUGCGCUCCUUCCUUGGUCGAGGGCUUCGAGUUCGUGAAAGUGGGGUGAGGGUGUGAUUUGAAUGUUUCUUUCGUUGGACCU